AUGACGGCUUCUCCUCACUGUUCCAAGAAUUCUCUGUGUCCUUCUGCGAGAAAGAAGACAUGUGACAGCAACUCGAGAAACCACCGGCAGCCAUGGACACGAAGUGUCGUAGUGGUGACGGCACUGUUGGCCUUGCAACAGUCGUCGACAAUAGCGUCAACAUCUUCACAGCCUCGAAGAAAUCCUCACUCAUCGUCGCACUCCACGGACGAAUUUUCUUGGCAAGACUAUUCGUCGGACAAUUAUCACCACCUGAUACAGCAACAGCAGCAGCAGCAGCAAAAUAGCCUCACAGACAGCAACAACAGGUUUUCUUCUCUGUAUUUGUCCGAUGACGAAUACGAAGAACAAGUUUUAUCGGCAUUGGCUAGAGCCGACGACAGAGAUUUGGACCAAGACGACACGGAUGAACUCUUGAUGGACUCUUCCGAUUGGUUUUCCACUUCUUCCUCCCGUCGACGACCAAGACAGCCGAGGAAAACCAAGAAAGAUCAAAAACAAGAGAGCGAUGUUGGAGAAGAAGAAGAAGAAGACGUGUUCUUGACAAAGCUACAACGAUUCAAGGAGGCUCUGUUGCACACCAGUGCUCUCAAUCCGACAAUAACGCCGACGACACUUCAGAAGGAAACAGAGGAACACACAGAUGCAACAGGACAACCAGACACCAACAAUUUACCUCCAAAAAAGUCUCAGGAAAUGGCGACUCUAUCGUCAAAGAAACUAGAAACAACGAGACUGGGUCGGGAUACUGGGAUCAAGUUGGUGUCCAAUGAUAGUUGGAAUCAAGUCGAAAAUCAGAAACCGUCAACCAAUCAACAACUUAGUAGUGGAGGACUGGUACAGGUGGAAACUAACGUAAGGAAGGAAUCAGACUCAUCCUUUGCUCGCCCAGUACAACAUUUCGCCGCCGACAACAAGAACAAUGACAACAAACCAACCUUACAUCAAGAGACAACCAACCAUAAAACCCAGCCACAGCAACCACCAAUUACCAAAGUACGCAAACACAAGCCAAUGCGACCAGCUUUUGUGAGAGCCUUUUCCAACAACAACCAACAACCACAAGAACAAUCCCUCCAGCAGAAAAACUCCAUCAUCCAACCUCCUUCUCCGCCCGCUAGGGCUUCCAUGAUGGACAACAACAAUGUGUCACCAUGGGUUCGAAAGUUCCUGUCAACAAGGCCCAAGGAUUGCCUUUUACUCGUACCUCGUGACUACCUUGUCGAUAACUUUAAUCUGGCACGGCUGGCACCCGUGGUGGAGCACUUGGCAACCUUGAAACAAAAGCAACUGGAAGCACCCUCACCCAAUCUGGAACAGCGCACAUCCUCAUCGUUACAUCAACAACAGCAGCAACACCAAUCCACUCAAAAGCAACACUCGUAUCCAAUCUACAGACAAGCACUGGAACUGAUUCUUCGGCAAGAAGGAAGCAAUGAAGAAGAACCGUCUUCCAUCGUUCACUAUGCUGCAGAAAUACUAUACUGUUUGGUACAUGCCCGAUUUGUGACGACUCCACGUGGCCUCGACACCAUUCGUAGCCGCAUGAUCAUUCAUGGGAGUCACUCUAUCAAUCAACCUCUGUUUGGACGUUGUCCAAGGCUGGGGUGCCGGGGGAUGCCGCUGUUACCAUGCGGUUUGUCCGAUGAUUACGAUCCUGACGAUCAACCGCAAUCGUCACGGGCCAAGAGAUACUGCUGCAAUUGCCAAGAAACCUUUCACUUUUGGGAUAGCAAGGUGCAAGGAUGUGCCUGGGCUGGCAAAUCUCUUUGCCAUUUGUUGCUGCUAGUUUACGGCAAGAAGGAACUGUUUCCAUCGCAUUUCGCCACCGACAGCACCGACAACAGCGCAGAUAUCCGCCGCACGCACGCAGAUUCAGGGAGCAAAUCACGAGAAUCUGAUAUCGGAGAAACCGGUCGUAUCUUUGGCUUUCCGAUACAUCAUGACAUUGUUCAAGAUUGGUGA